ACACGAAAGCGAGUGAAACAGGCAAACGUGUGGAUCUCUUUUCCAGCCGAAUGCUCUUUCUUCCACCACCAACAGCAACGAUGUUCGCCAAUUUUAAAGCCUCAAUCUUUGUCACCCAGUUUCCGCGGAUCUCACUGUUCUUCUCUAACAACUUAUUCUUCAAACUGAAUCUCACAACUUCCCUACAAUCAUGUCUGUAACGAUUAAGGUAUAUUUCACCACUUCCACGACUUAUCUUAAUUUCAGCAACAGACCCAGCUGUUUCACGGGUUGUUAUAACUCCAAAAUCCGACCAAGGCCAAUUUACCAUUCUAACCCUUUAACGUCAACAUUUCACAAGCCGAGAAGAAUGCAAGCUCCGGUUCAGUCUUCUUCGACUCCCGUGAUCAAGAGCUCGUUGAUCGAGCCAGAUGGUGGGGUCGUCGUCGAUCUGGUGCUGCCGGAGAGUGAAAGGGAAGCGAAGACGGCUGAGGCCGAGUCAAUGCCGAAGGUGAGGUUGACCAAGAUCGAUAUGGAGUGGGUGCAUGUGAUUAGCGAAGGGUGGGCUAGUCCUCUGAAAGGGUUUAUGAGGGAAGAUGAGUAUUUGCAGAGCUUGCAUUUCAAUUCGUUGAGGAUGAAAGAUGGGUCUAUUGUCAACAUGUCACUUCCCAUUGUUUUGGCUAUUGAUGAUGAGACUAAGGAAGGAAUUGGGUCGUCUUCCGAUGUUGGGUUGGUUGGGCCUGAUGGAGACUUGAUCGCCAUUCUCAGGAGCAUUCAAAUCUACAAGCAUAAUAAAGAAGAAAGAAUAGCUAGAACAUGGGGAACAAGUGCACCAGGAUUGCCAUAUGUUGAGGAAGUCGUCACUCCAGCUGGAAACUGGCUCAUUGGAGGUGAUUUGGAAGUUUUGAAACCUAUCAAAUAUAACGAUGGGCUUGAUCAUUACAGAAUUUCCCCCAAGCAACUCCGGAAAGAAUUUGAUAAGCGUAAAGCUGAUGCAGUUUUUGCUUUUCAAUUAAGGAAUCCUGUCCAUAAUGGGCAUGCACUAUUGAUGAAUGAUACUCGGAGACGGCUUUUAGAAAUGGGUUUCAGGAAUCCAAUCCUGUUGCUUCAUCCUUUAGGUGGUUUCACAAAGGCUGAUGAUGUGCCCUUGAAUGUUCGCAUGGAACAACACAGCAAGGUCCUGGAAGAUGGAGUCCUUGACCCUGAGACUACCAUUGUGGCCAUAUUCCCAUCACCCAUGCAUUAUGCAGGUCCAACAGAGGUGCAGUGGCAUGCCAAGGCAAGGAUAAAUGCUGGGGCUAAUUUUUAUAUUGUAGGUCGUGAUCCUGCUGGAAUGGGUCACCCAACAGAGAAGAGGGACUUGUAUGACCCUGAUCAUGGGAAAAAAGUGCUAAGCAUGGCUCCUGGGUUGGAAAAGCUUAACAUUUUGCCAUUUCACGUGGCAGCUUAUGACACAGUGGCAAAGAAGAUGGCAUUUUUUGAUCCUUCGCGAGCUAAAGAUUUCCUCUUCAUCUCUGGAACCAAGAUGCGAACUUAUGCAAGAAACGGUGAGAACCCUCCUGACGGUUUUAUGUGCCCUGGAGGAUGGGAAGUCCUUGUCAAAUAUUAUGAGAGUUUGGAAGCAGAGGAGGCAACACAGCAGCCGGCUGUUCUAUCUUCUUAGGUGCAUAAGUUGAUAGUAGGUUUUGCAGUAAGUUUGUUAUAACAAAUGAGGAAAGAGGGUCUUGCGGUUUCAAGUUGAGCACCAUUAAGUCUAAUUUCAGCAGCUCCAGUAAUGAAAUUGAGCAUCUCCAAGCCUAUUUAUAUGCCUUUCUUCAACUCCUGGUGAUCGGCUUCCAAAUGGAUUAUAUUAGGUAGUGGGAUACUAUAUAUAUUGAAAUGCUUAUGGUUCAUUCUUUUGAGAGGAAUUGAUACUCAACAGAGGUCACAACCUCUGAGGGCUUGUACUGGUUUGAAAUCUGAAUGUGUCAAGUACUAAUUCUUUUGUCUACUCUAGUUAAGUUUAUCACCUUCUGAUUUCCCAUUGUUUUAAAGCUGCUAUAACGUUUUCGGUAUUCUUUAAUUACUGUCCAAAUACCGAAUGUCCGAGCUGUUAAGUAGGGGGAAUUAGGAGGGAUUCAUUGACAAUAGCCGAGGGCAAGGUUCUUCCAUAUCUCUUUUUUUGAAUAGAGCAGUUUUCAUCAGCAUGCAAC